AUGGGAUUAGAUGGGUUGGGGAGAUAUUUGCUGGACGUGGUGGUGCCGAUGGUGUCUAUUACCUGCGGGGCGAGCAGGGCGAGACUGAUCGGGUCCAGGGCGGCGAGAUGGGUCGCGGCCGCGCCUGCUCCGCUCACGCCGCCCACCUCGACACAAAACCACACAAACACGCUACUUAUCGUGCGAGGACAGCUGGCGCCCGGCUUUCCCUUCUCGACAUCGCUCCGCGCACUACUACCACUCGAUCUAAAAGCUCAGCUCGUCGCUAGCUCGGAAACUUCUCGAGGAGGGAAUAGCGGUGCGAGGAGAGACCCCGAGGAGAUCGGGCACCGUUGUUAG